AAAUGAGAUAGGUCUUUAGCAUCAACGCAAUUUACUCAUUCUAGAUAUAUUCUAUGAAUCAGGAUAAGCGCGCUGUCUAGAUUCGUAGUAGCAGUAGCCUGCACGGUGAGGAUGGCAUGCAUCGCUUGUUGGCGGCGCGGCGCUGGCGCGUAAAGUUCGCGCGCUUCUCUGAAAUUCUGUUUCGCCGGGCUGAGAAAUUCUCCCCUGAAUCCCGAGCUGAUUCUGUUUUGCGCGUAGAUAGAUAAAUUCGAGUUUAUCCUGUGAUGAUUUUCUCGUAUCGAUCUCUCCAACCCACCCGCCCGCCGCACUAUCUCCAGCUCUUCCAUGGCGAUGGCUUGUCGGUGGUUGGUGGUGGUUAGCUAACACGCGGCAUCUUCUCCUCCGUCCAUUCGUCCGUGUCAGCGUGUGUGUUGCCGGUGAUGGCGACGGCGGCGGCGGCGGGAGAGGGAGGGAGUGGGCGGCGGUACUGGCGGUGGAGUAAGGCGGACUUCUUCCCGGAGCCGUCGUUCGCGAGCUGGCGGUCCUACGGCGGCGCGCUCGCGGCCACCGUGCCGCGGCUGGUUGACCGCGUGGGGAGCCGCUCGUCGGAGGCGGCGGAGGCCGGCACGCUGCGCGCCGUGAGCGAGAACCCGCUGCGGCGGUGCCUGUCGUGGCUGGACCUCGCGUUCCUCGGGUUCGGCUCCGUCGUCGGCUCCGGGGUGUUCGUGCUCACCGGCCAGGAGGCGCGCUUCGACGCCGGCCCGGCGAUCCCGCUCGCGUACGCCGCGGCGGGGUUCUCCGCGCUGCUGUCGUCCUUCUGCUACGCCGAGCUCGCCACGGAGAUCCCCUCCGCGGGGGGCUCGUUCUCGUACCUCCGCGUCGAGCUCGGCGACAUCGCGGCGUUCCUCGCCGCCGGGAACAUACUGCUGGAGGCCGUCGUCGGGGCGGCCGGGCUUGGGAGGUCGUGGACGUCGUACCUCGCCGCGCUCCUCGGCCGCGACACCGACUCGCUCCGCAUCCACGUCCCGGCGCUCGCCGAGGGGUUCAAUCUGCUCGACCCCAUCGCCGUCGUGGUGCUCGUCAGCACCUCCGCGGUGGCCAUGUCCGGGGCGCGCCUCACGUCCACGCUCAACUCGCUGGCGUCGGUGGUCGGCAUCGCCAUCAUCGCGUUCGUGCUGGCCGCGGGGUUCUCCCACUUCGACGCCGGCAACCUCGCGCCGUCCUUCUUCCCCUUCGGCGCCGCGGGCGUGUUCCGCGCGGCGGGGGUGGUGUACUGGUCGUACACCGGGUUCGACAUGGUGGCCACCAUGGCGGAGGAGACCAAGAACCCCGGCCGCGACGUGCCCCUGGGGCUCAUCUCGUCCAUGUCCUCCAUCACCGUCGUGUACUGCCUCAUGUCGCUGGCGCUGGUCGGGAUGCAGCGGUACACCGAGAUCGACGCCAACGCCGCCUACUCGGUGGCGUUCGCCGCGGCCGGGAUGAGGUGGGCGCGCUACGUGGUGGCUCUCGGCGCGCUCAAGGGGAUGACGAGCGGCCUCCUCGUCGGCGCGCUGGGGCAGGCGAGGUACACGACGCAGAUCGCGCGGACGCACAUGAUCCCGCCGUACUUCGCGCUCGUCCACCCGACGACCGGCACGCCCAUCUACGCCACCGUCGCCGUCACGCUCGGCGCCGCCUGCGUCGCGCUCUUCUCCAGCCUCGACGUGCUCGCCUCCGUCUCCUCCAUCAGCACGCUCUUCAUCUUCGCGCUCGUCGCCGUGGCGCUCCUCGUCCGCCGCUACCACGUCGCGGGGGCGACGACGCCGGGGCAGCUGCGCACCUUCCUCGCGUUCCUCGCGCUCGUCGUGCUCUCCUCCAUCGGCGUCUCGGCCUACUACAACUCCCGGUACGCGCGGCGGUGGCCAGGGUACGCGGCGUUCGGCUGCGGGUGGGCGGCGGGGGCGGCGGGGCUGGCGGCGUGCGCGGAGAAGCAGCGGGCGCCGCGGGUGUACGGCGCGCCGCUGGUGCCGUGGCUGCCGGCCAUGUCCAUCGCCACCAACCUCUUCCUGAUGGGGUCGCUGGGCACCGCGGCGUACGCCCGCUUCGGCAUCUGCACGGCCGCCAUGCUCGUCUACUACGUGCUCUUCGGCGUGCACGCCACCUACGACGUCGCGCACGCGGACGACGCGGCUGCCGACAACCUCGAGCACGGCAAGAUCGCGGCGGCGCCCGCGCCCACGACGCCGGCGUGACACAAGGUGAACGUGUUGAUUAUAGUUGAUGGUUAGUCAAGGAGAUGGUCACAUUAGUCAUUAAUUAGUACGUUCUUUGAAUUAUCAGGAUACAUUUCACAUUUAUUAAGUGGCCGAUCUAGAUUUUUUUUUUCAGAGCAUUAGCAAGCACAAUUAGAGGGGUCGAAAAUUGAAACCAUUAAAAUGGUGUGAUCCGCCUUAUCCACCCAUGCAUUUAGUUGGAACUCUAUGAGCAGAGGUUUUUCUUUUUCCAAUUACAUUUAGAAAUGAAAUGUUUUGUAUAAAUUACCGUGAAA